CGCCUGAGGCGGCCAGCCGCCGGAACAUCUCCAGGGAGGAGAUGCUGCGGAGGAUCCUGUACGUGAUCCGGAGGGACCCCAGGUGCGCCGCCGUGAAGGACGCGAUCGGCCACAAGCAGACGGUGGAGUUCAGGUUCGACGAGCUGCACGUGGAUCUCACGUGGUCGCCCGCCCUCGACGCGCACGGGCCGACCGUGCUCACGAGGUGGCUGCAGCAGCGCCUGGCGGAGCUGCCGCCCGCGGCGCGGCGGUGCCUGCUGCUCCUGCUGGACCUCGUGAAGGACACGGAGGCGUGCCACAGCCGCAGCAAGGGCGCCGUGGCCAGCCGCCUCAAAGGCGUUCACUGGCUGCUGCUGGGCAUGGCCUGGUGGAGCCAUGCGGCCCGCGAGGCCCCCGAGGAGGCCUGGAGGCGCGCAGCUCGGGGAGAGGGUCAGCCGCUGCCUGCUCUUCUACGCCACCCUCGAGUUCGAGACGGCACCCGGGCUCCCAGAGC